AUGGCUGAAGUCACCGAGAUAACUGAUGCCGUCUCGCAUUCGCCCCCUCCACCCAACGCCAAGCGCCCAAAAGGCAUCCUCAAGAACUCUUCUUACCAAGGCCGCUCGCCUCCCAUCUCUCCAACUGGCGCGUCUUCCAACAACCACGCCAUCGACACCACGCAAGAUCCUUCCCUGGACGACAAGGAGGUCACCAUCCACAACACCCAGAUCAAUGCAGGCCACCGCCGCUCCUCGUCCGCCGCUAGGCCAGUCGGCUCACGGCGCCCUAGCUCGCGCACCCCUUCCGUCACCGACCCUUCCGAGGAGGCCGACCCCCGCAUCAAGUGGGACGAGGCGAAUCUGUACCUCACCGAGCAGGAGCGCACCAGCACCAUGAAGAUCACGGAGCCUAAGACCCCCUACGCGAAGCACUACGAUCCGGCCGAGGACCCCAGCGACGACGACGACAUUAACGCCCCCGCUGGUAGCAGCAGCAUCAGGAGCAAGAAGAGGAAGGAGGGCAGUCACCACGGCAAGGGCCAGAACGAGGAUGAUAUCCCCGGCCUCUCGCUCGGCGAGCCCGAGGAGGCCGUCCCAGACGUGCCGGCCGACGAGGUCGAGCUGAAGCGCCAGCACCGCGGCAGCGGCAGCGCGGUCCACAUCGACGACUCCGCCCAGGAGGAGGUCGGCCUGUCGCCGGAGGAGCGCGAGAAGCACCGCAAGUUCGAGGAGCUGCGCAAGAAGCACUACAAGAUGACCUCGGUCGUCCACAACCUCGGCCACCCAGAGGAGAUAGACAGCCUGGCGGCCGACGAGGAGGACGAUGACGAGAAUGAGGGGGGUGGCGCGUCUAAUGGAGCCGCUGUCCCGCCUAUGCCUCCUCUGCCGGCUGGUAUUAAUGGUCGGUCAGCUUAG